UUAUUCAGAAGGCGAGGGAGUUGUGACCGGCCUUUGUGGGAAGUGUCGAAAUAUUAGAUUGAUCUCCGUCUGUCUGCCAGUAUAUUUAACCGGCGUUUGCCUGUAAUCUGAGCAGUACGGCUUCACUGUACAGAAUCUGCAGCUGGUUUAUCUUCUGUCUCAGGGGCAGCCAUGGUUUCCUACAUAGUGGCUGCUGCAAUACUGGUUGCUAUUUAUGUUGUUACUUACUACAAUUUCCUGAAAGGGAUUCCAUGUAGGAGCGACACUUCGCUGCGAGGGAAGACGGUAAUAGUCACAGGUGCAAACACGGGGAUCGGCAAGGAGACAGCGUUGGACAUGGCCCGGAGGGGAGCCCGAGUGAUCCUGGCCUGUAGGAACAAGGAGCGUGCUGAAGCAGCCGUCUUCGACAUCAGAAGGAAGAGCGGCAACAACCAAGUGAUCUUUAUGCAUCUGGAUCUUGCAAGUCUUAAAUCAGUGAGGGCUUUUGCAGAGACUUUCCUAAAGUCAGAGCCCCAGCUGCAUGUGCUCAUCAAUAAUGCAGGUGUUGGUUCAGGUAACAAGACAGUUGAUGGAUACAACACAGUUUUGGGAGUAAACCACUUGGGUCACUUCCUACUCACUCAUCUUCUUUUGGAUCGACUGAAGCAGUGUGCACCCAGCCGGAUUGUUACUGUCGCUUCUAUGAUGUACCGUUUUGGCAAAAUCGACUUCAGUAACCUGAACCCUCCUGGUAAAAGCUUCAUUCAGCAGAUGCGGAACUACAGCUGCAGCAAACUGUGCAAUAUACUUUUUGUCAGAGAACUUGCCAAUUGUCUGGAGGGAACUAAAGUUACCUGCUACUCUGUUCAUCCAGGUGUGGUGAACACUGAAGCAUUCCGUUACAUGAAAUUCUGGCAGAAAAUGCUUUUUUUUCCUUUUGUUGCCCUUUUCUUUCGAACGCCAACUGAUGGAGCUCAGAUGUCCAUUUACUGUGCUGUGCAAGAAGGUAUUGAGAAGUUCAGCGGCAGGUACUUCACAAACUGCAAGGUUCAGGAAGUCCUCCCUCACGCACGUGAUGAUGCAGUGGCCAGAAAGCUCUGGGAAGUCAGUGAAAGGAUGGUUGGACUCCGCAGCUAUUAACCGGUGAAGAAAGUUGUCUUCAAAAUAACAGCUUAUCUGUAAAGGGCUCUGACUGUUUUCACUAACUUAAAUGUGAGAAACCAUUUGUGCACAUAUACAGUGCAGAAGCUUUUUUCCCCCACUUCCUAUGGAAUCUUCCAAAUUUCUGUCACAAACUAAAAAGACCAGUUCAAAGGGAAAAUAACUCUCAACUCUAACUUCUGUUUAAAAGAAACUCUUAUCGACCUCCCCUUCUCUUUUAGAUUAAAACGUACAAUUUGCAACAAAAGGCAUUCCAACAAACCAAAUAGUAAAUAUAUUUUUGAUUAACUGUUCAGUAAGGUAAUUCCAAAACCUAUUAAAAAUGAAUCCAGUUCCUUCAAUUCUUAAUUCAAUAUAGGAAGUUAGUGUUAUUUUGCUUUCUAUUCCGCUUCUCACUAGUGUUUUACAGAUGGAGAUCAAUAAAAUUAUUGCAACAAAUAUAUGGAUGAAAUGUAUUUUCUGUUACUGCUGAGGAUCCAUCUACAUCAAAAGUUGUCGUUUUAAGAAAUUACUUGUUCCAGAAAAUAUGAUGUUUAAAAAAAUCUAGACCGUUUAUUUCUUUUUUUUUGAAUGUACUGCAGUGAUUCAGCAGGAAACAGUGGUUUUCAGUACCUUAUUGUGACCAUUGUUCUCUGUAAGCAUCUUAAUCAUCACCAGCUGAGAGCUGUUCAGUCCGCACUCUCUAACACAAUCAUACAGCAAGGCCACCAUAAAGUAAUUUUAAAAAUUAUCAUCGCUAUUGUUUAAUCUCUUUGGUCUCUCCUAUCCAGACACAUUGUGGCCAAAGUAAUCUUGGAACAUAUAAGAUUUCCCUCAUACAUUUUCUUUUUUAUAGUCUUUCCUUUUCUUUCUGUAUAUUUUGACUUCAAGGUCCUUGCUUUUUCAUUGAAAUGUAUUUACUUCAUUUUGACUGCUUCGUAGCUACACAGUAAUAUCGUUGUUCCUGCAGCUGGAUACUAUUAUGCAACAAAUUCAAAGUUGAAAUUUCUUACAGUGCCAUUGGCUGGCCAGUAUCCAGUACUGCAGUCAUCUAAGGAAAAUUAUGUUUGGAGCAUAUGGCACAGUGGUAGAGUCCCUACGUCUGACCCAGGAGGCCCAGUUUCAAGUCUCAUCUGCUGAAUUUCUAAACAGGUUGAUCUUCAGACUGAUGUACAAUGGUGUUAGUUUGGGUCUGCUUCAAAAGGUGUGACAAAACAGGUUGAUUAAAACUCUGAAGCGAAUUAUCAGGGAUGUUUGUUUUCUGAUAACUUUUACUGGUCAAAUCAAAGAAAAUGAAAUAAAGUUUAAUAUGCUAAUUUUUUAAAAAACAGGAUCAUGGGCAUGUACAACCCACAUAUUUUCCUUCAUACUCUAGUAUUUCAGUACAGUUGUUGUAUGUACAUUUUAUACUACGAUAUAGCUGUCUAAUGUAAUUGAUUA